GACUCGGAGCAUUCAAUCGAGCACUUCGCCGCCCUCCAAGCCGAGACGCAUCUACAAAACGUGCAGAGAUACUCUCCAGACCACAACCACACACCACACGCUGUGCAGCAUGACUGAUUCGCCGGCGGUGCGCAUUCCGUUAGAUCCGAAGGAGCAACCAAUCCUAGACUCCCUGCUGUCCGUGCGGACGAAACUCGAGUUGUUGAAGCAGGACCGCUCAACAUACGUCAAGAGCCAGGAUGUCCUCGAUCUGUAUGAAAAGGUCGUCGAGCAAGUGGUGAUACUUAACGAAAUUCGAACAACAAAGCGCCUAGAGCAGAAUAGAGUCGACACCGUACUUGAUGACUGCUUCCAGCUCAUCUCACUGGCGUACAUGACCGUGGGUAAAAAUCAUGAAGCACCCGCAGUUUACUCUUUUCUAUCAACUGCCAAGCGGUUACUGGAUCAUCUAAAGGAAGCGACAUUCUACUCGCCCAAAGAUCUUGAAUCCAUCGGUGGCCGACUGCAAGAUUGUCGACGGUAUAUAUCGCGAGGCAAAGAGUCCUACAGCCCGCAUCUGCUCACUCUACUGGACGCUCGGCUGGAGCUGUGCGAGAAGACCCUGGCGGAGCUAGAGUUAACUCUUUCCCUUCUCACACCAGAUCUAUCGCCAAAAUACGAUAAGCUUGUGUCUAUUCUUCGCUCUCUCUCAGCAUGUAACACAAGGUCAAAGUUUCCGAAUGCCGAGGUUGAUGAAUACCUGGAGCAGCUCAAGCAACUUCAAGAAGAGCUACGGGAGUACGGUAUCCAUGCUUUUGAGAGUACCGGAACCAAAGAAGAGAAGCUUGCGGAAAUGACCGAAAAACUGCAGAUCGCUAUGGCCCACCCUGAACCUGCGCCUGAGGCCAAGAAACUGAUUGAGACCUUGCUCCAACGCUGCUUUGUUUGGGUAGCUUUAGCCAAGUCAAAGCAAGGUCGAAUUUCACCUGCUUUCCAAGAUACAUAUGACAAGUUGCUUGGGAUCAAGAACAAGCUCGAGAAGAUAUCUUUGACACAGGCCUGGUCAUUACGAGAGACGGACUUAUGGAGCUUUCAGCGCCAACUCGAUAGGGUGGACGAGGCUCGUGUGGACGGCAAUUUCCUCGAUCUUCUAGGCCGACCGGCAGAGAUAUACGAGCAAAGAACACUAUUGUAUCUGCUCCGAAAGAGCUAUGCAACGAUAUACCACCUCAUCGUAUCCUCGGAGCCUGUAUCUGAGGCUCUACUGCCGAUCUACAACCAGCUCACGACAUUGCGCAAGUGCUUGCUCGAUGUGAAGAAGCUAGGAGGAGUUUCAUCUCCCCGUGAACUCUAUCCUUACAGCAUGAAGUUAAAUUCCAUUGAUAACAUGCGCGUGGACGGCAAAUUCAUGGUCGGCAAUGAGAUCCCUGACGGGCAAGGAAGUGUAACGCAGCUACUAGAAGAGUGCUUCGAAUUGGCCUACGAGCUGAGAAACGAAGCAGAGGAGAAUGAAUCCGGAGAGUGAUCGAUGCGAACUUCGGGUCGAUUCGACUCUAGGAGUGCACAAGUGGCGACGGUCGCAUUCGUACAAGGGAUAGCUAUGCUUUUUGCAGGACUUGUCUGAUUAUAAUACGCCUCAUGUAUUUUAUGUCCGCAUGUACGGUUUUAGUCGAGCUGUAUCUGGUUCAGUUGGUGGAUACCGUCCGAUUCGGUGGGAGGAGCAACUACUGCGUCUGCGUCUUUGAAGGUUAAAUGCGAUCCGUAUGAUAUGCCUAAAAUGAUCAAUAAGCG